AUGGCUUCAAUGUGGCAUCCUGACUCUUUCAAGAUGGAACACCCUUGGACUCCAAAGUUUACUUGGAAUGACGCUCCAAGCAUCGGUGCAGCCCCUCUCCCUCCCCCAAGGGUCCCCGAAACAUCUCCCCCCGAGGAUGCUUCGAUCUCACUCCUCAAGAAACGGCUUGAUGCCCUGACAGCACAGCUUGACAGCUACAAGCUCAGGCUUGAUCGCCUGGAAACGAACUCGCGACCUCCACGACACGACCCCUCCAAAGUCUUGAACAAAUGGUCAGAUCACGCCGGCCUAUUCAUACAGGCAACAAGCCAUCUGACUCCAGGGGCAAAUAUCUUAGCCGAUGUCAAGGUGAUUGCCAGGAGUGGAGAGGACCGUAAGAGGAUUCGGCGCUGGAAAGGUGUCUUCAAAGACCACUAUUCCGUUUCCUGGGAUGAAUGCCAAAUGCUGAAUGGGCUGGAAAUGGUUGGAACUGGCAUGAUCGAUGUAUUCAAUAUUCGCGCAAAUUUGCACAUACUUUCCAAGUGGCGGAGACCGAAACAUCGCCCGCAACGCCGUCGAAUUCAAAGAACUUGUGAUUAUUGGAUUGGCGUCUGGCACCAUGAUCCUUUGAUUCAUGUCCCCUCUGAGGCCUUGCAUCAGCUAUGGGCGCUGUAUGAUUCGUGA